AUGACGGCCCCCAUAAAAUGGUGUUGUUACGUCCUUUGCUUGCUUUUAAGCUUCUCCGUUGUUUCCUCCUCACUGAAGCAGCCGCAUAUUAUUUUUAUCCUCGCCGACGAUCUGGGCUGGGGCGACGUGAGCUUCCACGGUUCAUCGCAAAUUCCCACGCCGAAUAUGGACCUUUUGGCUGCGGACGGGAUUCUACUAAAUAACCACUACGUGCAGCCCUACUGCACACCAUCUAGAGCAGCGUUGCUCACCGGGUUGUAUCCGAUUCGUACAGGGAUGCAGGAGGGACCAAUCCAGGAUGACGAACCUUGGGGCCUUCCGUUAAAGUUCAAGAUUAUGCCCCAACAUUUUAAAGAGCUCGGCUAUGCCGUUCACAUGAUCGGCAAAUGGCACCUCGGCUUUUUUGAAAAAGAAUACACCCCACUGUAUCGGGGUUUUGAUUCAUUUUAUGGAUUUUAUACGGGCGCUGCAGACUAUUACGACCACACAGCUGGAGAGGAUCAUAGAGGUCUGGAUUUUCGAGACAACGAAGCUCCGGUAUUUAACGAGAGUGGUCAGUAUUCAACGCACCUUUUCACCAGGCGUUUCAAGUCGGUCAUUCAGCAUCACGACAAGUCGAAGCCACUUUUCCUUUACUUGGCGCAUCAAUCCGUGCACUGCGCGCUUCCUGGAGACUUCUUUCAGGCUCCGCAAGAAAAUAUUGGCAAAUUUUCGUACAUUGGAGAAAAGAACAGAACACGUUAUGCGGGAAUGGUUGACGCCCUGGACGAAUCCAUCGGAAGCAUCGUGGAAAGCCUGAGCGCUGCCGGCAUGCUCAACGACACCAUCAUCGUGUUCAGCUCCGACAACGGCGGCCAGCCGUAUGGUUACAUGUCCAACCGGGGCUACAACUGGCCCCUGAGGGGAGGCAAGGGGACGCUGUGGGAAGGCGGAACCCGGGUGCCGGCCUUCGUCUGGAGCACGAGGCUCAGGAGGCGUGCCAGGGUUUCAGACCAGAUGAUGCACAUCACGGACUGGUUGCCAACUCUCCUCUCGGCUGCUGGCGGAAACAUAUCCCUCCUUGGCGAGAGCGAUGGAUUCGACAUGUGGCAAGCAUUGUCAGAAGCCACGGCUUCACCUCGCCAGGAAGUGCUCAUCAACAUACACCCCACCGACCGAACAGCCGCAUUGCGGUACCGAAACUACAAGUUAGUCCUGGGCACGAGCGUCGACGGUCAGGGAGACGCCCACUUUAAAAUUCCCGGUGGAAGCCGGCCGGCAAGCUAUGUGGGCGAGUUGAGACGACGUUCGACGGUGUCCAAGGUCCUUCAAGCUCUGUACAAUUCCAGUGACUUGCCAUCGUUCAAGUCGAAAAACCAGGAAAUAGUGGACUGCGGUCGAGAGCGCUGGAGUAACUUUGUGUCCGGAAAAUCACCAUACUUGUUUGACGUGAAGCGAGAUCCCUGCGAGAGAAUCAACCUGGCUGGUAUAAACCGAAGGGUGGGUUAG